AUGACAAUAGCUAAACCAGAUUAUUAUAGUUUUAAUCAACUUCAGCAGAUUCGUGAGGCACAAGUUUUUACAAAAAAUUAUUUCAUCAAAGCUAAAUAUGGAAAAGUUUUAGGAUUGGCCAAAAAACCUUUAGAUAUAGCAAAAAAAUCAGAUCGUUUUAACGAAGUCUAUGGUAUGUUUCAAGUAUUUAUUGAUGAGAAGCAAGCUGAAAUAUUAAAGGAAAUCAAAAUACUUGUUGCGAAGAAAGCUGGCAAUGUUGAGUUAAAUGACCAAGUUGCUGAAAUUAAUUGUGCAAAUCCACUACCUAACUAG